AUGACGAAGACGCGCUCAAAUUCCAAAGAUUUUACCAUCAGCAACGGCUCGGCAAUUUUCAAUGCCCGUGUAACUCGAAGCGCCGCCAGAAGCCGUGGCGAAAAAUUAGUGGAAUUGAGCCGGGAAGGAGUUGAAGUUGUUCAGAAAGAAGACGAGAAUAACGAUGGCGAGGAAGAAUCCGAGGUUGAGGAGGAAGGGGAAGAGGAAGCUACUAGAGAAAAAGAUCUCGAAAAAGAUGUUGAAGAAAUUCGCUUCGUCAUCGAUAAUGAUGAUUUGUCGGAUACUGCUAGCGAAGAUUCGCUUUCCGACUAG